AUGGGAGUAUUAUGCGAAGGACAAGAGUUACAGGUAACAUUAAGUCGUAAUAAAGAAGUUCGUUUACCACCAACAGCAACAACAGCAGCAGCAGCAGCAGCAGCAGAUGCAGCAGGAGUUGAGGAUGAGAAAAGAACUGUUGCAUUUACUAUGAAAGAUCAAAGAUAUGGAGGAGAGGAUGUAGAGAAGUAUGUAAAAGGUGCAUGCCGCCCUACUAAGACUGUAUUUGUAGCCAACCUACAAGAGGAAGUAACAGAAGAAGAAAUUUCUUCUCUUUUUAAUAAAUUUGGAGAAAUAAAUAAAAUACAUUUUAAGAAGCCAAAAAAUGAGCAAUCUAAGACAAAAUUAUGUGUAAUGGAAUUAGAGACUGAAGAAAGAGUAAUUCAUUCACCCUAA